UUUACCACAAACCAUUUCUCAAAUCCCCAGAACGAACGGAAAACUCAAAUUCCUCUAACGGACUCAUCAAUGGCCGCCUUUCACCAAACCGCCGCCUCACUCCAGGCCAAACUCCUUCCAACAAUCCGAAUCUCCCGGACCACUCCGGCAAACCUCUCUUUCUCCGCCACUUUUCCUUCUGGAAGACUCCGCCUCGGCCAACACCGCUCUCACGGCGGCGCUAGAAUGUCCGCCUCGGCUGCUGGAAGCUACGCUGCGGCGCUGGCCGAAGUCGCUGCGUCUAACAACACGCUGGAUGCAACAAGCGGCGAUGUCGAGAAGAUCGAGAGCGUGUUCGCCGAUUCGCAGGUGUUCGAUUGCUUCGCGAAUCCGACGAUUAGCAUCGAGAAGAAACUUGCGUUGGUGGAUGAGAUCGCGGCGUCGUCGUCUCUACUGCCGCAUACGGCGAAUUUCUUGAAGAUCCUAGUGGACGCGAAGAGAAUCGAUAUCGUGAAGGAGAUCGUGACGGAGUUCGAAUCCGUUUACAACAAAAUUACGAACACGGAGCUUGCGGUGGUGAGUUCGGUUGUGCCGUUGGAGCAGCAGCAUUUGGCGCAGAUCGCGAAGCAGGUGCAGAAAUUGAGUGGAGCUAAGAAUGUGAGGAUCAAGACGCAGAUUGAUCCGAGUCUGGUUGCUGGAUUCACAGUCAGGUUUGGAAAUUCUGGAUCGAAACUCAUUGAUUUGAGCGUCAAGAAACAGCUUGAGGAAAUUGCUUCUCAGCUUGAUCUUGGUAAUAUUCAACUGGCUGUUUAAAUUUGUGAUGCAUUUUGUGAAUUUUUUGUUGAGUGGUGAUUAUUGAAUCUAUAUAUGUGAUGUAACUUAUUCGAAUUUCUGGGAAUCCUUAAUUCCGCAAUUGUGUA